ACAAGAGCUGGGAGAACACAGAGCUUGAGAUUCAUCCCUAUCUGUCUCUUGGUUCUGGCUUCUCGUUCUGCUUCUCUGGUGUCACAGUGUUACGAGCCAGCACACUGACAGGGGUAAAAAAUAUCCUCAGCAUCUUUGGUCACAGAACUUGCCAAAAGAUCACCCAUUGUCAAGGAGACCACAGGGUGCUGACAAUUGCUUGGAAGGCAUCUCCUUCCCCCAUCACCACCCAUCUGGCAGCAUGGAGGGCCGGCACCCAGUCCCAACGCAGGCACAUAUCUGAAUUUCAGCACAAAUGGCUGGGAACAAUUCAGAACGAGGUGCAGCUUGUCUCACGAGGCUUUCCCCAGUGGUUUGGCGUUUCCCUCACUCAAGCCUAAAAGGAUGGUCAGGUGGCAACCAAGGCUGUCAACAGGACAUCAAAGGUCAGUACUGGACUGAUGAAGAUUCUGAUGGAGACAAUGACUCUGAUGAAUUUCUAUAUGGUGUGCAGGGGAGCUGUGCAGCUGAUCUAUACCGACACCCACAGCUCGAUGCAGACAUUGAAGCAGUGAAGGAAAUUUAUGGAGAAAAUUCUGUCUCUGUCAGAGAAUAUGGAACGAUUGAUGAUGUGGAUGUGGACCUCCACAUUAAUAUGAGUUUUCUUGAUGAGGAGAUCGCAACAGCCUGGAAAGUGGUGAGGAUAGAGCCCAUUAUACUCAGACUCAGAUUCUCUCUGUCACAGUACCUGGAUGGACCUGAACCAUCAGUAGAUGUUUUCCAACCGUCCAACAAAGAAGGAUUUGGUCUUGGACUACAACUAAAGAAGAUUCUGGGAAUGUUUACUUCUCAGCAGUGGAAGCACCUGAGCAACGACUUCCUGAAGCACCAGCAGGAGAAGAGGCAGAGUUGGUUCAAAUCCAGCGGCGCAGUGAAGAAAUUCCGAUCAGGGCUCAGCAUCUUCUCUCCCAUCCCAAAAUCUCCGAGCUUUCCCCUCAUCCAGGACUCUGUACUAAAGAGUAAACUUGGGGUUCCGGAUCUCCGAGUCAAUCGCAUCAUUAACCGUUCCAUCUCUUGCACUAUGAAAACCCCCAAGCCAGAGCUCUUUGGAUACCCCUCUGCCAAUCAGGCUGGGAGUCAUUGUAAGAACAUUCCAACGCUAGAAUAUGGGUUCCUUGUACAGACCAUGAAGUAUGCAGAGCAAAGGAUUCCCACACUGAAUGAAUACUGUGUUGUGUGUGAUGAACAACAUGUCUUCCAGAAUGGCUCAAUGCUGAAGCCUGCUGUAUGCACACGGGAGCUCUGCGUUUUCUCAUUCUACACACUGGGAGUGAUGUCUGGAGCAGCAGAAGAGGUGGCCACUGGAGCAGAGGUAGUGGACCUAUUGGUGGCAAUGUGCCGAGCUGCUCUGGAGUCACCCAGGAAAAGCAUCAUCUUUGAGCCUUAUCCUUCUGUUGUGGACCCAAGUGAUCCCAAGACACUUGCUUUCAAUCCCAAGAAGAAGAACUAUGAGCGACUGCAAAAAGCCCUGGACAGUGUGAUGUCAAUCAGAGAAAUGACACAGGGAUCGUAUCUGGAAAUCAAAAAACAAAUGGACAAGUUGGACCCUCUGGCUCACCCACUGUUGCAAUGGAUUAUCUCCAGCAACAGAUCACACAUUGUGAAACUUCCACUCAGCAGACAGUUGAAAUUCAUGCACACGUCGCAUCAGUUUCUUCUACUGAGCAGUCCGCCAGCCAAGGAAGCUCGGUUCCGCACAGCCAAGAAGCUCUACGGCAGCACGUUUGCCUUUCAUGGUUCGCAUAUUGAGAACUGGCAUUCUAUUCUGAGAAACGGCCUGGUCAACGCAUCAUAUACUAAACUACAACUGCACGGUGCAGCCUAUGGCAAAGGAAUCUAUCUCAGCCCGAUCUCCAGCAUCUCUUUCGGUUACUCAGGAAUGGGCAAAGGGCAGCACCGCAUGCCAUCCAAGGAUGAACUGGUUCUGCGUUACAACCGGAUGAACACGAUCCCCCAGACGAGACCCAUUCAGUCCAGAUUCUUACAGAGUCGAAACUUGAAUUGUAUAGCACUUUGUGAAGUUAUAACUUCAAAAGACCUCCAGAAACAUGGGAACAUUUGGGUCUGCCCUGUCUCGGAUCAUGUCUGCACUCGUUUCUUUUUUGUGUAUGAAGAUGGACAAGUUGGAGAUGCCAACAUCAAUACUCAGGACCCCAAAAUCCAGAAGGAAAUUAUGCGCGUGAUUGGCACUCAGGUUUAAACCAGUCAAACUCAGCAGAACACUGGCAAAACAUUCUAGAGAAUUCUCCCCACAGACUUGAGAGCCACCUCAACCAUUCCCAAUCUUCCUGCCCUGGCUUUUGCAAGGAUUCUUUAUAAAUAUUUUCAGUGGGAAAGGUUUUUAAAGCCAAAACAGGAGAAAAAUCAAAUUUAGUUUAUCCCCGAUGAUGCAUCAGUGCUGUAAUGUUGUUAUGAUAUAUGUAUAUAUAUAUAUAGA